AUGAACUACGCAACUGAACAGUUUGUACUGUUCACUGUUUAUUUAUUGGUGCUGAUCGGCUUCCAUAUGCAUGGUGUUCAUCGGAUACUGUACCACGAGGAGCACAUCGGAAAUACCAAUCGAAUUUCGAAUAUAUUUUUAAGAGUUUCGAUAUGCCUCCUGAUUCUCGUCAACGUCCCAACGUUCAAUUUCUACUUCUUUAAAGAUAACUACGACUACGAGUACGUCUGGCAAGUGCAGCAAUGGCUAAAGCAGAACUACACCUUCUGCGUGGUCGUCAUUUUUGUCAACACGGCCACGCUCACUAUCCAUUUCCUAGCGGCCAUGGUCUGGUCGGUGCUCCAGACAUAUCUUGUCAUCUUCAAAAAAGAGUGGAAUGUCGUCCUUGACCUGCUGAUCGUUUUUGUUCCGAUCGCCCCAGCCAUAGGCCCCAUUUUCUACCUAUGCGCGCUCAAGCGCCUCCAGCUUCCGGGUUACGACCCGGACGUUUAUGAGAUUCCUACGAAAGCCGGCAGCUACUUCAACUACUUUUGCGUCCCGAUGUUCCAAAUAUCGAUGUUGGUGAUGGCACUCUUACAAGUCUGCCAAAACAUCGUCCACAUGCUGCGUCAUCGGAUGCUCGAAUCCAUCUGGCCCCUAAUCCGAAUCUCUGUCUGCGUUGGACUCUACAUCAUACACCGGGUAUUACUGGAUAUUAGUAUCUCUGCCGACAUGCAAACGCUGUACAAAUAUGGUACGUUCGUGUGUGGGUACGCGGUCUUCCUAAUUCCGGCGCUGCUCGAGUACGGAAAACCGGAAAAUCAGGAUCACGAC